AUGUCAUGGCACCCUCAGUACCGGAGCUCCAAGUUCCGCCACGUCUUUGGCAAACCAGCCAGCAAGGAGAAUUGCUACGACUCAGUGCCCAUCACGAGCAGUGUCCAUGACAACCACUUCUGUGCGGUGAACCCUCAGUUCAUCGCAGUUGUGACCGAGUGUGCCGGUGGAGGGGCCUUCCUCGUCAUCCCUCUGCACCAGACUGGAAAGUUGGACCCUCACUAUCCAAAGGUCUGCGGACAUAGAGGAAACGUCUUAGACAUCAAGUGGAACCCUUUUGAUGAUUUUGAGAUUGCUUCCUGUUCUGAAGAUGCCACGAUUAAGAUUUGGAACAUCCCGAAGCAUCUGCUGUCAAGGAACCUCACAGCCUUCAAGAAGGAGCUGGUGGGCCACUCCCGCAGAGUGGGCCUGGUGGAGUGGCACCCCACAGCCGCUAACGUCCUCUUUAGCUCUGGCUAUGACUACAAGGUGAUGGUCUGGAACCUGGACACAAAGGAAUCUGUCAUCACGAGCCCUGUGAGGACAAUCGAUUGUCACAAAGAUGUGAUCCUUUCCAUGUCCUUCAACACCAACGGCAAUCUGCUGGCCACCGCCUGCAAAGACCGCAAGAUUCGGAUCCUCGACCCUCGAAUGGGAACGGUUCUCCAGGAAGCCGACUACAAGGGGCACCGUGUCAACAAGGUGCUGUUUCUGGGGGGCUUGAAGAAGCUGCUGUCCACCGGCACUUCCCGAUGGAACAACCGGCAAAUGGCCCUAUGGGACCAGGACGACCUCUCUGUGCCUCUCACAGAAGAAGAUCUGGAUGGCUCUUCAGGGGUUCUGUUUCCCUUCUACGACGUGGAUACCAGCAUGCUCUACGUGGUGGGGAAGGGAGACGGGAACAUCCGUUACUAUGAGGUGAGCUCAGACAAGCCUCACUUGAACUACCUGACCGAAUACCGCUCCUGUUACCCACAGAAGGGAAUCGGUGUCAUGCCAAAGAGAGGUCUCGACGUGUCCUCCUGCGAGAUCUUCCGCUUCUACAAGCUGAUCACAACCAAAAGCCUCAUUGAGCCUGUAUCCAUGAUUGUACCCCGGCGGUCAGAAUCCUACCAAGAGGACAUCUACCCCCCAACCGCAGGGGCCCAGCCCUCUCUGACUGCCCAGGAGUGGCUCAGCGGGGUGAACAGAGGACCACUCCUGGUGUCCCUCAGGCCUGGCUCGGAGCUGCUGAGCCCAAGGCCAGAGCCUCUAGAGAGGCCUUUCUCCAAUUUGGUGGCCCCAGCCUCACCCCAGCCUCCAGAGAUCAGCCGGAGGCCUUCAUUCGUGCUAGAGGAGAAGGCGCCAAGGUGGGCAGCAGAACACAGGCUGGAGGAGAAGAAAACCUGGUUCUCCAAUGGCUUCGAUGUUUUCGAGUGUCCCCCACCAAAGACAGAGAAUGAGCUACUGCAGAUGUUCUACCGGCAGCAGGAGGAGAUACGAAGGCUCCGGGAGCUGCUGACCCAGCGUGAGGUGCAGACCAAACAGUUGGAACUGGAGAUCAAAAACUUGAAGAUGGGUUCAGGAAGAUUCUGA